UGAAGAGUGAAGACGGACCUUCGAUUCGAAUUUGGGGAAUAUCUUACUUUGCUUCUUAAUCUGUUCGUGCGAUUCUAGUGUUUAAGGGUAUCGCUUGAAACUUUGAAAGUCAAGUCCCUUCUGCAAAUAUCGCAGUUGGUUCAUCUGGUUUUGGCUCUAGGGUUUCAUUUGACCUUUUUUUACUCUCUUAAGUGCUACCCAAUGGAGCCCGUAGCUUCUGUCGUUGAUAAAAUUAAAGGGUUCGCGAAAUCGUCCGAAGAGUUCUUCAAGGUCGUGAUUCACAGACGGGAUGAUUCGUCUCGUCGCAAUCCGAUUCUGGUAAAUUAUUGCAAGCAAUCUUCUACUGUAAUCUGGUCAACAUUAGAGGUGUUUCUUUGAAACUUCUUUGUGGGAGAUUGAGAUUUUGAAACGGUUGCAACGAGAAGCAUUUUCUGAUCUGAUGAAACUGAGGGACAGACAGGACAAGGUUGAGAGAAUGCUUUCUUUCUAUAAAUCUUCCAAGGGAAAUCCAUUUCAGGAAGCAAGUACCCAUGUAAAAGGAGAGGUGGAUGUUGUUGGCGCAUUACUGCUUGUGGAUAAUAUUAAACAGCAGACCUGUGACAUUGUUGAUAGAGCAGGAGUUAGGACUGGAACUGAUUCAAGAUUCAUUUUCGAAGCAACUAUUCGGCAGAAAGAUUCUCUUGUGGCAGAGUUUAUGGCCAGUCAGAGAGGCCAGGGCUCUAAUGGUGGCAUCUUAGGAAGCACGCUUUCUUUAGCUAAAGUGAUGUAUACAGCAAAUAUUAGUGAUUGGUGCUCUGCAGUCUUAGUUCCAGUGGGGGCCCGAUGCAGGGAUGUUGGAAUCGCUUCAAGUAUUUUUCAGCAGGGGCGGGGCCUUACUGAUUUCUCUUUGGGACCACCUCUUUUGUAUCGAUAUCAUGAUGCUGCCGCUGCAUUAUUGGUUAGAAGAUCAAAGGUUGCUGCUUGUUUGGCUGAGUUUGUUUCUGGAUUGGGAAUGCAACCAGAUUCUACAGGAAGUAGGCAUUUCUUAAGCACUUUUGGGCAAGUAAUCUAUCAGCUUUCAAAAGGAACAACGCUCACCCUACUGGGCAUUCACAAAAUGCCCAAAUCACAAAGUCCGCGGACUGGUUUAGGUUUCCUUACUGUGCCAGUUGGUGGUUUAAGAUGCCAUAACCAUCUUGGUAUGCCUACUGAAGCUUCUCUUCCAUCCGCUCCCACCAACACAGAAGACAAUAGACCUACUGGAUCCAUUGGUUUGAUGCUCGAGACAGAGCUUGAUGAGAGUAGUAGAAUCAAAGGUUGGGUUGAAAUGCAGAACUCAAACCCUAGAUAUUUACAAUGGGCUGUUACACUGUCUGAUAUCCCUGAAGAUGAGCUAGGAUGGGGUUUGAGCUUGGGAGGAAUGAUCCAAGGCCCAUCAGCUCGGGAUCAUUUCCAGGUUGAAGCUUUCUUGAACUUCAAUUCGGGAAAGAGAUUCAGCUUUCAGCCUGGUUUUGUAUAUGUUAUGGAUGGGACAGACAGAGUUCCUGCUCUCAUGUUUCGGUCAAGUUGGUCUCUGUGAUACAAACUGAAACACCAGGAGGUCCUAGUAACUACUGGUUGUGCAUGAAAUUCCUGUGUUAUCAAUGAUGAGCAAGGCAUUCCUCAUAGCGUGUGAAUCUUCCACUCAUUUUUUCUUUUACAUCCCGUAACAUUAGGUUGAUGAUCUUCUCCAUAACAAGGCUGAUGUCAGGAGAGGAGAAUACUGUUAAAUUGAAAAGGAGAACACUGUUGAAGUUGGUUGAAAGGAAGGAACAGAAAACAGUUGGGUAUUGAAAGAAAGAAGAGAAAAAGAUCUUUUUUUCAUUUUUUACCAAAUGAAAAGUGAAACAUUAACAUUGAAGAGUGAAACUCAGCAAAAAAAUUUAGUUUGAUAUAGGUAUGUUGUGUUUGCGUUUGCUUUAUUUCUAUUUCUCCAGUUUUCUAUAUAGUUAAUCUUUAUUCUCUUAAUUCUGUUGUGGCCUGGGGGUACAUGAAUUGCUGUACUUCAAAUGAUGUUAUACAAUUGUAUGAACCAGGGUGUUGAAUGCAUGACUGCAUCAUUCAA